AUGGUCUCCAAAGUCCCCAUGAGCAUGGCUGAUGAAUUUUCUAGAGAUAACGAGGCUUCCGGGCUGUGGGCGCAAAGCUGGAGGGACUUAGAUGAUGUCGUCGAUCAAGGGUGGGAUAAUCUCACGCGCGCUCAACAAAUCGGUGUUAAAUUCUACGACGACUUGAAGCUCAAAAUUCCACGCAAGGAGGUUGAGGUCAUUGCAACUACUAUCCUUCAUCAUGCACGUCUCAUCGACAGUGCGUUCCAGAUGAUGAUUGUAGGUGGAUACCGCCGUGGCCAAAGUGAGAGCGGAGACGUUGAUCUUGUUCUUAGUCAUCCGGAGGAAAGGUUAACAGAGUAUUUCAUUGGCCGUCUAGUGCGAAUGCUCGAGGUGAAUGGGCUCAUAUCUCACACGCUGAGUUUAACAACGAGGAAUAGUGACCGUGCACAAGAGCCGCUGCAGUGGAAGGGAGGUAUGAUGAGGCCCUCAGCUGGUUUUGAUACAUUGGACAAGGCCAUGGUCAUUUAUCGAUCACCCCAGGGUGAAGGAGGGGAUGAGACUAGAAAAGAGGCGCAAAAUGUCCGGUUUAGAAGAGUUGACAUCAUUGUGAGCCCAUGGAAGACCAUCGGUUGCGCUGUUCUAGGAUGGACUGGCGCGGCUACCUUCGAGAGGGAUCUUAGGAGAUAUUGCAAGAUUGAGAAAUCUUUGAAAUUCGAUAGCAGUGGUAUCCGAAAUCGCGUCGACGGUUCUUGGGUAAACAUGGAAGGGCAGGAGCCGACAGGAGCACCAGACAUGGAGACUGCAGAACGCCGAGUAUUUGCAGGGCUCGGCCUUACGUGGAUACGCCCUAGCGAUAGAUGCACGGGCUGA